AUGGCAGAACGGACCAAUCUAAUGUUUCACAAUAAAGCGAUAGGUGGAACUGCCAUUAAACGACUUAUUAGCAGAUUAAUAGAUCACUUCGGAAUGGCAUAUACAUCACAUAUCCUGGAUCAAGUCAAGACUCUGGGAUUCCGCCAAGCUACGGCUACAUCCAUUUCAUUAGGAAUUGAUGACCUUUUAACAAUACCUUCUAAAGGAUGGCUAGUCCGAGAUGCUGAACACCAAAAUUUGAUUUUGGAAAAACAGCAUCAUUUUGGAAAUGUACAUGCAGUAGAAAAAUUACGCCAAUCCAUUGAGAUAUGGUAUGCUACAAGUGAAUAUUUUCGACAAGAAAUGAAUCCUAAUUUUAGAAUGACCGAUCCUUUUAAUCCAGUCCAUAUAAUGUCCUUUUCGGGAGCUAGAGGAAAUGCAUCUCAAGUACACCAAUUAGUAGGUAUGAGGGGAUUAAUGUCGGAUCCACAAGGACAAAUGAUUGAUUUACCUAUUCAAAGCAAUUUACGCGAAGGGCUAUCUUUAACAGAAUAUAUAAUUUCUUGCUACGGAGCUCGUAAAGGGGUUGUAGAUACUGCUGUACGAACAUCAGAUGCUGGAUAUCUUACACGUAGACUUGUUGAAGUGGUUCAACAUAUUGUUAUACGUCGAACAGAUUGUGGUACCAUUCGAGGAAUUUCAGUAAAUACCCAGAAUGAAAUGAUGCCGGAAAGUAGUUGGACACAAACAUUAAUUGGUCGUGUAUUAGCAGACGAUAUAUACAGAGGUUCACGAUGCAUUGCCAUUAGAAAUCAAGAUAUUGGAAUUGGACUUUUCAAUCGAUUGAAAACCUUUCAAACACAACCAAUAUCUAUACGAACUCCUUUUACCUGUAGGAAUACAUCUUGGAUCUGUCGAUUGUGUUAUGGCCAAAGUCCUACUCAAGGUCACUUGGUGGAAUUAGGAGAAGCUGUAGGUAUUAUUGCGGGCCAAUCCAUUGGAGAACCGGGCACUCAAUUAACAUUAAGAACUUUUCAUACUGGUGGAGUAUUCACAGGGGGUACUGCAGAACAGGUGCGAGCACCUUAUAAUGGAAAAAUUAAAUUCAAUGAGGAUUUGGUUCAUCCUACACGUACACGUCACGGGCAUCCUGCUUUUCUAUGUUAUAUAGACUUGUAUGUUAGUAUUGAAAAUGGUGACAUUAUACAUAAUGUGACUAUUCCACCAAAAAGUUUUCUAUUAGUUCAAAAUAAUCAAUAUGUAAAAUCAGAACAAGUGAUUGCCGAGAUUCUCGCAGGAACAUAUACUUUGAAUUUAAAAGAAAAAGUUCGAAAACAUGUUUAUUCUGACUUAGAAGGAGAAAUGCAUUGGAGUACGGAUGUGUAUCAUGCAUCAGAAUUUAAAUAUAGUAAUGUCCAUAUCUUACCAAAAACAAGUCAUUUAUGGAUUUUAUCAGGAAAAUCAGACAGAUCCGCUUCAGUCUCUUUUUCAACCCGAAAAGAUCAAGAUCAAUUGAACAUUCAUUAUCUUUCUACAGGAGAAAGAGAUAUUUGUAACCUUUUAGCAAGUAAUAAUAAAGUAAGACAUAAAUUGUUUCGUUUCAAUCCUUCUUAUAAAAAAGAAAGAAGGAUUUCAGAUUAUUCAAAAAAUAAUCAAAUCAUAUGUAAAGAUCAUUGUCAUUUUACACAUCCUGCUAUUUUUCACGAUACUACGGAUUUAUUAGCAAAGAGGCGGAGAAAUCGAUUCAUUAUUCCAUUUCAAUUCCAAUCGAUUCAAGAACAAGACAAAGCACUAAUGUUAGCUUCCAGUAUCUCGAUUGAAAUACCAAUCCAUGGUAUUUUUCGUAGAAAUAGUAUUUUUGCUUAUUUCGAUGAUCCUCAAUACCGAACACAUAGCUCGGGUAUUACUAAAUAUAGGACUAUUGAUAUAAAUUACAUUUUUAAAAAAGAGGAUUUUUUAAUCGAGUAUCCAGGAAUUAAAGAAUUGAAGACAAAAUACCAAAUUAAAGUAGAUCAAUUUUUUUUCAUUCCCGAAGAAGUGUAUAUUUUACCAGAAUUUUCUUCCAUAAUGGUACGGAACAAUAGUAUCAUUGAAGUAGAUACACCAAUCACUGUAAAUAUAAGAAGUCAAGUAAGCGGGUUGGUUCGAUUGGAGAAGAAAAAAAAAAAGAUUCAAUUAAAAAUAUUUUCCGGGAAUAUCUAUUUUCCCGGAGAAAUGGAUAAGAUAUCCCGACACAGUGCCAUGUUGAUACCACCGAGAACGGUAAAAAAAAAUUCAAAAGGAUCAAAAAAAAAAAUGAAAAAUUGGAUCUAUGCCCAAUGGAUCACAAUUAUGAAAAAAAAGUAUUUUGUUUUGGUUCGACCGGUAAUUUUAUAUGAAAUAGCAGAUAGGAUCAAUUUAAUCCAAUUUUUUUCCCAAGAUAUGUUACAAGAAAGAGAUAAUCUGGAACUUAAAGUUAUUAAUUAUAUUCUUUCUGGAAAUGGAAAAUCAAUUCGGGGAAUUUCGAAUUCUAAUACAAGUAUUCAAUUAGUUCGGACUUGUUUAGUCUUAAAUUGGGAUGAAGACAAAAAAUUGUCUUCUAUCGAAAAAGGGCAUGCUUCUUUUGUUGAACUAAGUAUAAAAGGUUUGGUUAGAUAUUUCUUAAAAAUGGACUUAGUAAAAUCCCAUAUUUCAUAUAUAAGAAAAAGGAAAGAUCCGCUCGGUUCAAGAUUUAUCUUGGAUAAUGAGUUGGACUGGACCAACAUCAAUCCAUUUUUUUCUAUGGAUCCGAGGGAAAAAGUUCAACAAUCACUUAGUCAAAAUCAUGGAACUAUUCAUAUGUUGUUGAAUAGAAAUGAGAAAUGCCGAUCUUUUAUAAUUUUGUCAUCAUCGAAUUGUUUUCAAAUACGAUCAUUCCACGAUGGAAAAUAUUACAAUGGGAUAAAAGAAGAAAUGAAUCCAAUUCAAAAUUCGUUAGGUCCUUUAGGAAUAGCCCUUCAAGUUGCCAAUUUUUAUUUUUACCUUUUAAUUACUCAAAAUCAGAUCUCGAUAAAUAAAAAUUGGCAACUUGACAAAUUAAAAAAAACUUUUCAAGUAUUCAAAUAUUAUUUAAUAGACGAAAACGAGAUAAUUUAUAAAUCUGAUCUAUCUAGUAACAUCCUUUUAAAUCCAUUCUAUUUGAAUUGGCAUUUUUUCCAUCAGAAUUCUUGUGAAAAAAAAACGUUUCCCAUAAUAAGUCUUGGUCAAUUUAUUUGCGAAAAUGUAUGUAUAGUUCAAACGAAAAAUGAACCACACCUUAAAUCGGGUCAAAUUCUAACUGUUCAAAUGGAUUCUGUAGGAAUAAGAUCGGCUAACCCUUAUUUGGCGACUCCUGGAACAACUGUUCAUGGUCAUUAUGGAGAAAUACUUUCUGAAGGAGAUAUAUUAGUUACAUUUAUAUAUCAAAAAUCGAGAUCAGGUGAUAUAACACAAGGUCUUCCAAAAGUAGAACAGGUAUUAGAAGUUCGUUCGAUUGAUUCAAUAUCCAUAAACCUAGAAAAGAGAGUGGAUACUUGGAAUGGGCGUAUAACAAGAAUUCUUGGCAUUCCUUGGGGAUUCUUCAUUAGUGCUGAGCUAACUAUAGCGCAAAGUCGUAUUUCUUUGGUUAAUCAAAUUCAAAAAGUUUAUCGAUCCCAGGGAGUUCACAUUCAUAAUAGACAUAUAGAAAUUAUUGUGCGUCAAAUAACAUCAAAAGUAUUGGUUUCAGAAGAUGGAAUGUCUAAUGUUUUUUUGCCUGGUGAACUAAUUGGAUUGUUGCGGGCCGAACGAGCUGGGCGUUCCUUAGAAGAGUCGAUCUGCUAUCGAGUUCUAUUAUUGGGGAUAACAAAAACAUCUUUGAAUACUCAAAGUUUCAUAUCUGAAGCAAGUUUUCAAGAAACUGCUAGAGUUUUAUCAAAAGCCGCUCUCCGGGGUCGCAUAGAUUGGUUGAAAGGUCUGAAAGAGAACGUUGUUUUAGGGGGAAUGAUGCCAGUUGGUACUGGAUUCAAAAGAAUAAUAUACCGUUCAAAGCAAAGGCAAUAUAACAAGAUUACCUCGGAAACAAAAAAAAGAAUUUAUGUGAUACAUAAAAAUAAUCUAGGAUUUAAGAAUUACUAA